AUGAGCACGAAAGCAAAGGGCCUCGCCGCCGCACGCGCCGACAUCUCCAAGUCGCUGCGCGCACUGGACGUAGUCACGAACACCAAGUACAGCGGUACCAAGGUCCCCGUCCCCGCCGCUGGACUCCACGACAUCCUGCUGGCGCUCCUCGCCUCGGUGAAGAAGGAGACCACGACCCUAGCGUUGGCCUUCAAGCCCCCGAUCACGGAGGGCGCCAUCUCGCAGCAGCUCGACAAGCUCACCGACCAGGUGGGCCGGCUCGUGAGCUGCGUGAUCGCGGCGGCCGGAGGGGGAGGGGAGGCGCGCUCGCUCCUCGUCGACGACUGGAACGCGGGCGUGCUCCACCUCGGAUCCGAGCUCGAGCGGCUCCUCACCGUGCUCGAGGAGAGCGUGGGCAGCGAGCCGGCGGUGCCUGCCGCGUCGUCGUCCAAGGUCACGGACGACAACCCGUACCUCGCGCACACGGGCCUCGUAUGGGACGCGGUCGACCGGUUCGCCGCGUCCCUGCCCCCGACCGAGGUGGCGGCCGUCACGCAGCACUGGGAGGGGCAGAAGGAGACUGUGCGCGACGCGUGGAGCGAGUACAAGGAGUUCUUGGAGGACCACGAGGAGGACGAGGAGGAUGACGAGGAUGAUGAUGAUGACGAGGACGAGGCUGAGGACGGUGACGAUGGCGACGACGACGAGUGGGGCAUGCUCGAGAAGGGACUCGACGCCAAGCUCAACCCAACAGAGCGCAAGCGGUCCGAAGCAGUGAGUCGAAGGGCUCGGUUCCGCGCUGACAUGACUCAGGCAAAACCCCUGCUGGGACUGCACCAAAUCAUGCACGCCCAGCUGCCGCGGCACCUCGGCCUGCUGGUCCACGAGCCAGAGGAGGCGUACACCGCGCUGCUGGACGCCUCGGCGGGCGUCGUGGCGGCGUUCGACACGGCCGUGAGCGCCAUGUACCCCGAGCAGGACGGCGCCGAGGUGGCUGCCACCCUCGACGCGCUGGGCGGCAAGUCGCGCGCCCUCGCUGCUGCCUUUAGCGCGCGCCUGGCCUCCAGCCCCGCCGACGAGGCCAAGAAGGAGAUCGCGGCCAGCUUUGUCCGCCGCUGGCUUGAGCGGCUCGAUGUCGAGUCGCUCGAGUGGGAGACGAAGCGCUUGGCUCUUGUCGAGCUGUGA